AUGUACCACCCAGCGCAGCAGAUGGAGGAGCCGCUGUCCAGGCGCGGAGAGUUGAGCGCACACAAGCGCAGCAUGAGGCUGGACCUGGAUAACGCUGGCCCAUCCCAACCUACGAGCGAGCAGGCCCACACUUCAAGCCCACUACUCACUCCGGACUUAAGCAUGCCGCUACUGACGACGCCCGAGUUCGAGAUGCUCCUCACUGAUCUCAAAGCACCGGAGACGCCACCGAUGCAAGCUACGGUGUUACCGCUCAAUCAAGAAGAGAAGCAGCACUGGAGCCGCUUCGUUGACGAGCUCUCCAAUCUAAAUCUGCCGCAACAGCUACAAAACACUCAACAGCCGCCGCCACCCGUGUUUCAGCAGCAAGUCACGAUGGGCGCGAACGGGUCUGACUCGAACGCAUCCACGUCGAACGCCAGCUCGAGCCCACCUCCGCGGUCUGAGCACUGCGUAACGGGUGACCACGUGAAGGGCAAGACACAGCCGGCACCUGCGGUGGGAACCGCGCCACCACUGUGCUACAUAAUCUCCGACGAGGACAGUAGAAGUAGUGUCUGUGCACAGCAGAUGGCGAUGCACGAGGCACCGCAAGAGUGGUCAAGGUGUGAAGCAUCGAGCUUGAGCAUGCGGAUCAUGAGCCUGGAUAUGAACAACGCAACAGUGAGCAGGCCACACCAACACAACAGUGAGCAGACUCGCAUGAUGCAUGCAGUGUCUCGACCGCAUGCUGUGACUCCGCUGUCGUCCAUUGACAUUCGCGACGGAAAAAGCGCCAAGCUGGAGGAUAAAAAGUGCCGGAACCGAAUCGCACAAGCCAGGUGUCGCCAGCGGAAGAUCGACCGUGUCACGUUUCUACAACGGAAAGUGCGAAAGCUCAAGUUGGAGACGGCGGCGUUGAAAUCCACGGCGAACAGUGUACGCCAUCAGGUGGAAUUGCUCCGGCAGCAGUGGGCGAUUCAUGCCAGAUUUUGCGGUCUGACAUGA